AUGGUAUCCAACACCGUCUCCACCGCGCUCAUCGGCUUGUUAGUGGCCUUGAUUCUGCGAAGCGUUUACCGUGUCUUUUUUCACCCUCUCAGAAAGAUUCCGGGGCCGAAAAUAGCCGCUAUCACGCACUUGUAUCAACAUUACUAUGAUGCUGUGCAGGGCGGGAAGUACAUCUGGAAGCUGGACGAGUUGCAUCGCAAGUACGGACCCGUUAUUCGAUUCAAUCCCAACGAAGUGCAUAUCCAAGACUCGCACUAUUACCAUCGGAUUUAUGCUGGCGGGGCUAAAAAGCAGGACAAAGAUCCCGGAUUCCCAGCAGUCUCUCUUUUCCCAGAGGUUACGGUCACCACCAUCAAGCACCAUCACCAUCGGCUGCGACGACGAAUCAUCAAGUCCUUCUUUUCGAAGCAAUACGUCAUGGGCCUUGAGCAUGUCAUUCAAAGUAAAGUGAACCUCCUGGCCUCCCGACUCACGGAGGCAUAUCGCCACGACACCGUCUUAGAUCUCAAAUAUGUGUUUGCAGCGUUGACCUCCGACCUCACGACGCAUUAUGUGUACGGAACAAACUUGAACCAUCUCACGGAGCCGGACUUCAAAAACGACUUUCUUGCGGGCAUGGACAGCGUGGGUCGCUGGAUCCCCGUAUUGCUCGUCUUCGGGUGUCUGUUGAAGCUGGCCCGGUAUCUUCCCGCCUGUCUGGUCCCCGCUGGCGAAUUCCUCCACCUGUGGACUUUGUCUGAACGGCGGGUAGGCGAGAUCCUGGACUCUAAGAACAACGGCACGAUGGGAGAUCGGAAGACGCUGCUUCAGGCGAUGGCCACCGCCGACGUACCGGAGGAGGAGAAAACGGCCACGCGACUGCAGAUGGAGACACUGAACAUCAUUGCCGGGGGCACGGAGACAACGGCCCGGGCCCUGGCGGUGGGGGUGUUCCACUUGGCAAAUAAGCCGUCCCUGCUGCUCCAACUGCGCGACGAGCUUCGGACUGUGAUGCCGUUUCCUGACAGCACGGCUUCCUGGACACAAUUGGAACAGUUGCCAUUCUUGGCCGGCGUUGUCAAUGAAAGCCUUCGGAUGUCCUUUGGCUUCAUCAUUCGGUCUGCACGCGUUUACCCCAACGAUCCUCUGGUAUACAAAGACCUUGUUAUCCCCCCCGGCACUCCGAUCAGUCAAAGUGCCUAUUUCGUAUGCAUGGACCCCUCGAUCUUCCCGCAUCCCGAAGAUUUCAACCCGGAUCGCUGGGUGCAGGCCGCCCGCGAGGGGCACAACUUGCAUCAGUAUAUGAUUGUCUUUAGCAAAGGCAGUCGACAUUGCCUCGGCAUCAAUUUCGCUCUAGCAGAAAUCUAUCUAGCCAUCGCCACCGUCGCGAGACGCUUCGACCUGGUCCCCUACCAGACAACAAUCGAGCAGUUGCAGAUGAAGCGCGAUCUCGGCUUCGCUGCACCGGAAAAGGGACCCUUCACUGUCCGGGCCAAGGUGACUGGAUUGGCGGAUUAA